CACGUGCGUCGCGCGGUCGCGUAUCGCGCACGCGAUUGGUCGGCGAUCGGAGCGCACUUCGCUCGCAGAGCAGCUAUGCAAAUUCGUCCGGAACGGUGGGUCCACGCGUGCGGGGGAACGAACGGGGUCCCAUGACGUUUGUGACAGUUUGUCACGCGCACGUGUCCGCGAGCGGUCGCGCGUUUCGUCGGACUGCGUUCGGAACGGGCAGAUAUCUCCUCGCCGCCGCUGCUGGAUUGCCAUGACCGGCCGCGUUGAUCCCGCGCGAGGAAGUGCCGCUGAUGAUCGAUACAUCGCCACGUAUAACGCGUUGCCGCUGUCGCUGCCGCUGCUGUCCGGCACCGAUUGAGGUCUGGACCGCCAGUAGGUGACUCGGGCCGACGUCCUCCGUCGCGGUUCGCGAUGACGAGCAAGAAGGGUCACACCCUCCGCAUAGAGUCCGAGAUCGAUCGGAAUCGCGAGGAUGGCAACUGGAAGAAGGUUAUACAGCUCGCGGAACACUUAAAAGUGCAGUACCCCAGCAACGAAUGUCUGGCGAAUUUCUUAAGCGGGGAAGCGAGAUUGGAGAGCUUUCUGGAGCAAACUCCGCCGAUAGACGCUAAUAUCGUCAAGGCACGAAAUGGAUUAACGGAAACGCGGACGUACCUGUUGCUAGCUGCUAAUGAGAAAGAUAAACAGGCGUUAGUCGUACUGGACGCUCACCUGCUACUUGGAAAGCUCCACUAUGCGAUGGGAAUGUACGAGGACGCGCUACACCACUAUCAACAAGCCGAACUAGACACACUCACAGAAAAGCAAUUACCUUGUCGAAGUUUACGUAUUAUAGCAGAGUCGUAUGCAAUUAAAGAGAAAGAAAGAUCGUUUACUUUAGACACUGACAAACAUUUGUCCUGCCGAAGACUGCGCAUUAUUGCAGAAUCGUAUGCGAUCAAAGGUCUCUGUCUGGAAAGGCUACCGCCAAACUCGAAGUCGAAAUACAAGAUCGCAGAAUGGCAGGAACAGAUAAUCAAGUGUUACGAGAUUUCUGGCGACUUGACGCUGGUGUACUUGCAGGAGCAAGACAAAAUUGCUAUGCAGCAACAAAAUGGUAUUUCCACUAUAAUCACAAAUAGUAAUACAGGUACGUACUCCACACCAACUCCAGUUUCCACAAAGCAAAUCGGUCCCAUUUUGGAGACCGCGCUGCAAAGAGCGCCGAUAUUGUACGUUCAAACCGGCAACAUACAAGCCGCUGUUAAUCGUUAUAGGGAGAUUUUAUCUGCUGUUGAAUCUACAACCACUCAGAGUCUGCGGGUAACGCUGACCAGACAGUUGGCGGAAGUGUUGCUACGCGGCAUAAGCGGCGCCGACUACAAACCACCGGACGGACAAACUGACACAAUGGCAGCCGUGAGUAAUAGACGGGCGAAUCAUUACUCGGGCGCAAAUCCGUCGGAUUCGCCAUGGAAACCAAAGAAAUACGUGGGACCGAAUAUGUUCGUCCCCAGGAACGAGUACGAGGAGUCGAUCCUGCUGUUACUGAUCAGCGAGGCGAUGGCGGUGAGGGACGCCGUUCUCAGCCAAUCGCCCGAAUUCAAGGAAGCCAGGAUACACGCGUUCGAGAACGCCACCGCUAUCUACGAUCUACUCACGGUUGUCGUCGUCAGAUGGAGUCAAGUGGAACUUUUACACGAGUCUUUCGAAAGGGCAAUGAAAUUCUCUCACGAGGAGGUGCACAUAUGGACGCAGUACGCGCUAUGCCUGAUCAGCAUGGGAAGGUACAUGCACGCGUAUAGAGUUUUGAAGGUAGUCGCCAGGCUAUCGCCUCAGAAAGUGAUGCCCUGUCUGUUGGCGGCGAGGCUGUGUUACGAGCAGUUGAAUAUGAUAAACGAAGGUGUUGAAUGGAGUCAAAAGGCUCUGCAACGAGAGACGGCGAGUCCGCAGGGGAUGCAGUCUAGAUGCCACUUGUACAUCGGGAUCGGUCACAGUAUGCUCUCCACGAACACAAUCGUCAAGCAGGACAAGGUGAAUCACACGAACACCGCGUUGGACUGCUUUCAAAAGGCGCAACAGUGCGAUCCCAACGAUCAUCUGGCCGAGUAUUAUCUCGCUCACGAGUAUGCGAUAAACAGGCAGAUAACCGACGCCAUCGUGCACGUGAAAAUUGCGCUGAAUCUACGGGCAGAGCACAUUCCGUCGUUGCAUUUAUUCGCGUUACUCCUGUCGGCACACAAGCAGUAUUCCGAGGCGUUGCACGUGAUAAACAGCGUGCUGGAGGAAUACCCGGACAACUUGAAUUUCCUCUACGUGAAAGCGCAUCUCGAGUUGCGUAGUAUCGGCGGUGUCGACGCGCUAUACACGAUCAGCCACAUGCUGCAUCUGUGGAAAAGUCUCUAUGAGGAUCAGACGAAUGUUAAUUGUAACGAGCAACACAGCGAGAAGCGCAGCGAGACCAGAAGCGUCUUUCAGCUCUACACGUCGGAAAUGUCCGAUAAGGACUCGAGUUCCCUGCAUGCGCAAUCAUUAGCCGCUUCGAGAGUCGAGCAAGCCCUUUCCGAGGUCGCCUCGUCAAUUAGCUCGUUCACACCGAAGCCAGGGCCGCAGAGAGCAUGGCUGCUGCAAUUGCAGAUCUGGCUUCUGCUCACCGAGGUUUUCCUUAUCCUGGACCAACCGAACGGUGCCGUUCUGUCCCUCCAAGAGGCCACCAACAUCUUCCCGUUGAGUCACCACAUUAUGUACACGCGUGGCCUUCUGCACGAGUACAAGUUGGAGUACACGGAAGCGAAGCAAUGCUAUCAAAACGCUGUUUCAAUCAAUCCUUCGCACAUAAAGAGUUUACAACACCUGGGUCUUAUUUAUCACUAUUUGGGUAGUCAGAGACUGGCAGAGAAAACCUUGAGGGACGCCGCGAAAAUCGAUCCAAAUUCUCAUCAGACUUGGUAUAAUUUGGGGAUGGUGUUGGAAUCGUUGGGCGAGGUGGAGGCUGCCAGUGACUGUAUGGCAACGGCGUUGGAGGUCGAAACGACAAAUCCCAUUCUGCCGAUUCUGUCGAUACCGGUGACCUUCGAGUAAUCCUCGGGUUCCUAGGAGAAUACAAGAUUCGGCGAAAUCACGGUUUACUUUUUCUCUUUACGUUCGUAAUUUUCCGCGGGCAUUUCCCUCGCCUUCCCGUCAAUAGUACCUGGACACGUUGUACUAUUGUAUAAACUCAUUGUUAAAAAGAGAAAGAGAAGAGAUACUUUAAUUGUACAAAAUAGUUACAAUCGAUGUAAUAAAUUCGAAUAAAGUCUUACCUCCAGAAUGUCG